CGCACAGACAGUUCAGUAUCACAGACCAUGUCAAUGUAUCCCUGGCAUGGCUCCACGACCAAUGCCGCCGCCGCCUCUUCUGGACCUCGCAUCGACUCCCCCUCCUCCACUACUCAAUCCUCCCUACAAGUGCCUGGGUUACGAUGGCUCCCGUCUAUGAUAUCGCGCGCAACACCUCUUCCCACCUUGUCGUCUUCCAAUCUUCGUAUAGCCCAGCAACAACAGCACCAGCAGCAACAACAGCACCCAUCGCCGCAGCCUUCUCAAACACCACCGCAGCCGCAGCCGCAAACUGCCCUCUCCCAUCCUCAUACCCAUUCUCAUCCACACAAUCACCAACCAGCACGCCCGCAAACGCGCCAACCUGGACCAGCUAUCAUCGAUUCGCGAUCCCAACAACCACUGACUGAGACUCUUGAAAGCGAAGCAAGUGACAAUACAGAUCCCGGUGCGCGCGACCCCACCCACGCCGACGCUCUCGCAGAUCCCGAUUACGGCACAUCUCCCGAUAAUCUAGCUCAGGGAACGAAUAUUUCCCGACAGUCCGCACAUAGACCUACGACUACCGCCGGGGUUAUGCCUAACGGCACCGCGGCUAAUCGAGCCGCACUCCAUGCAGCAGCAGCCAGUGUCGUUAGACCCUAUCCAAUGGAAGACCAUGACGACGAUCCCGAUGGCGCGCCAAACGGCGAUCGGUCGCGCAAGCAUGGAAAACGAUUGACCACCCUUGAAGAAGUCUCGUUGUUCAACAUCUGCAACCGGCAUGCGAGCGAAUUCGGACAGCGCAGUAAUCUCUGUAAAUGGUGGAUGACUGUUACAGAAGAGUUCACCCAGGACCAGGGACACCCAUACUCGUGGCAUUCGGUGCGCCGUAAAGUGGAGUUGGUUACAAAACAGCGGAUGAAGUUCCUCGACGAGCAGCGCGACAAGGGUGCGGACGCGAGGGAAGACCUAUCGAAUCCCCGGUGGCGGGCAGCAGUGGACGCAUGGAUUCCUACAUGGCGGAGGUGGGAGGACGCAGAGGCACGGCGGAUCGAGAAGCGCGAUUCGCGCAAACCGAGGAAGAGAAAAGACCGGCCAUGGGAUACAUGGACUAUGAGUCCCAGUGACGAGUGGAAGGGCACAGCAAGCCCGCUUCCUACUGUCAGCCAGCACCAACCUGGACCUGUGACUCCUGUUUCGCAGAGCACAGUGCGACUACCCCCAGGGUUCGAUAGUAUGUUUUCGAAUCAAGGACUACAGACCCCAUCGCCGGCGAUUAGUAUGCCGGAUGGGCUUGCGACACAACAGCGGGCAACGCCUUCCACGACUCCAGCAGCUGCAGCUGCUUCCACAAAUAAUCCGCCUUCAGGGACAGAUAAUUCUAUGAUGAGCGCUAUGCUGGAGACACUGGGAAAAUUGAACCGUCACCUCGACUCGGUUAAUACCCAACCUACCUCAUCUGCGCCCAAGAAACCGACGUCACCCUCCAGAUCCCGUGCUCGCGAACAGCGCCAGGACGCACAACCAGCGGAACUCAACACGGCUACACAUGAUCCCCCUCCUGCGUCCGUCGCACAAACCGGACUCACGCACCUGUCAUCCGACUUCAUCAACAGACUUAAAGAUGAACUCCGACAAGAAAUGCGCGCUGAAGUGCGUGCCGAGCUAGAAAAAGAUCGAGCCACACUUGAAGAGAAACUGGACUCGGUGCAGCGGACGCAGGAAAUGAUCCUUGAGAUGUUGAGACAGGAGCCUGCUUGAAAACCAGCUUUUUCUUCCUUCGUUUUUCUUUUUUCAUUUUCUCUCAUAUUCACUAUAUCCUCUUGCUUUCUGUUUAAAUAUUCGUGCGUCCUCUUUUUUUACCAGAUGAUACCCAUGGACGAGUAUGUCGACUAUCUUAUAUUCUAUCUCUUUUUAUUAGCUUUCUUUUCUUUUCCUAUACUCUUUGACUGCUGCAGUACGGAUAUGUGACUUGACUGAGUGACUGACUGCUGGCAACAUCCUUUCUCUUCUCACUUCAUAUUUCCAUUAUUUCCAUUUUCAUAUAUUCACUAUGACCUUUCGGGGAAACAAUACAU